AGCCUGGAUGUGGCGUCCCUUUAUGACGAGCGCAGCAGCAACAAAGGUUGAUUUAAAAAAUGGCUGCUGGGUGCGCUUGGUUCCUGGUGUUGGGAUCUGUCUUUUUGUGCAAUCUCUUCAAAACACUCUUGCCGACUAUUUCCUCUUUCCUAUUGAAGGUCCUUCAGAAAGAUGCUGAGCAGGAGAGGGAUAUGCGGGCUGAGAUCCAGGAGAUGAAGAAGGAGCACAACUCCGUUAGCAUGAUGGAUGAGUUUGCCAGAUACGCCAGACUAGAGCGCAAAAUCAACAAGAUGACUGACAAGCUGAAGACACAUGUCAAGUCUAGAACUGCUCAACAAGCCAAAAUGAAAUGGAUGGUGAAUAUAGGUUUUUACAUCCUCCAGGCUGCUCUGAUGAUCUCCCUGAUUUGGAAUUAUUAUGCUGACCCAGUGACUGUUGUACCCAGUAAGUGGAUUGCCCCCCUGGAGCAGCUGGUGGCAUUCCCAUCUGGAGUAGCAGGUGGUGUUGGAAUCACAUGCUGGCUGGUGAUGUGCAACAAAGUGGCGUCUAUUGGUCUACAUGCAAUUAGCUAAGGAAUGGGAUCUUUUAUUAAUGUCUUAUUUAUUCCCCAAAUGCUAUUAAAGUGUAAAUUGGUACUGUUGGUAAGCACUUUUACAAAGCACCCCAUAUUCAAACAUUGCCUUUACAUUGCCAAUGUUAUUGCACAUAUUUUAGUGUCUCUUAUGUUGGCUUCGGAAUCGGAUGUUACACUACAUGGCCAAAAGUAUGUAGACACACCUUCAAAUUAGUGGAUUUGUCUAUUUCAGCCAUACGUUGCUGACAGGUGUAUAAAAUACAGCACACAGCCAUGCAAUCUCCAUAGACAAACAUUGGCAGUAGAAUGGCCCAUACUGAAGAACUCAGUGACUUUCAAUGUGGCACUGUCAUAGGAUGCCACCUUUCCAACAAGUCAGUUCGUCAAAUGUCUGCCCUGCUAGAGCUGCCGCGAUCAACUGUAAGUGCUGUUAUUGUGAAGUGGAAACGUGUAGGAGCAACAAUGGCUCAGCUGCGACGUGGUAGGCCACACAAGAUCACAGAACGGAACCUCUGAAGCGCAUAGUGCGUAGGAAUUGUCUGUCCUCCGUUGCAACACUCACUAUCGAGUUCCAAACUGCCUCUGGAAGCAACGUCAGCACAAGAACUGUUCGUCGGGAGCUUCAUGAAAUGGGUUUCAAUGGCCGAGCAGCCGCACACAAGCCUAAGAUCACCAUGUGCAAUGCCAAGUGUCGGCUGGAGUGGUGUAAAGGUCUCCACCAUUGGACUCUGGAACAGUGGAAACGUGUUCACUGGAGUGAUGAAUCACCAUCUGGCAGUCCGACGAACAAAUCUGGGUUUGACGGAUGCCAGGAAAACGCUACCUCCCUGAAUGCAUAGUGCCAAAUUUAAAGUUUGGCGGAGGUAGAAUAAUGGUCUGGGGCUGUUUUUCAUGGUUUGGGCUAGGCACCUUAGUUCCAGUAAAGGUAAAUCUUAACGCUUACAGCGUACAAUGGCAUUCUAGGCAAUUCUGUGCUUCCAACUUUGUCCAACUUUGUGGCAACAGUUUGGGGAAGGCGCUUUCCUGUUUCAGCACGACAAUGCCCCUGUGUACAAAGCGAGGUCCAUACAGAAAAGUUUUGUCGAUCGGUGUGGAAGAAGUUGACUGGCCUGCACAGAGCCCUGACCUCAACCCCAUCAAACAUCUUUGGGAUGAAUUGGAAGACCUCACUAAUGCUCUUAUGGUUGAAUGGAAGCAAGUCCCCGCAGCAAUGUUCCAACAUCCAGUGGAAAGCCUUCCAGAAGAGUGGAGGCUAUUAUAGCAGCAAAUGGGGGUCCAACUCCAUAUUAAUGCCCAUGAUUCUGGAAUGGGACAAGCAGGUGUCCACAUACUUUUGGAAAUCUAGUGUAUUUCACAAAUUGCUUCACUGCGUAAUGAUUGUAUGAGCAUGUUUAAUGACCGUUUUAAAUCUAAUUUCAACUGAUUGAAAUGAGUUGAGCAAGUGUUGCAAUUGUUUCAUAUUGUUAUGUAAUUUUGUUCAUGUUAAUUGUAGGCAUGGUCUGUAGCACAUUUUCAUUUGUUGAAUGAAACCUGAACUAAUAUUACAAAGUUUACUGUUUGGAUUUUGGAAGUGUUGAGAAGUAUGCAUAAGAAUUAUGCAUACUUCAACACAAUAAAGAAUUUGAAAACUGAA